GGCGGUCCCUCUCUCUCUCUUGCUCUUUUUCUCUCUGUGUCCUGAUCACAGGCUCAGACUAUCUGUCUUUUUCUUUCUUUCCUCUGUUUGCUCUCUUACCUUUUCAUUCCAACAUGUUUCAUAACCAAUGGAUUACUAACUAUCUCAACCAUGUCCCACAGUGUGAUCAAGGAUUUGUUAGUGAAACUUCUGUUAAGUUCUGCAGCCCUGUACUACUAAAGAAAAGAGCAGUAAGCUUUGGUGCUGAUGACCAGACUUCACUGGUAAGGAGUACCACAGAUAUUGAUGCAAACAUCCUUGCUGUGUUGCCCAAAGUUUCAGAGCUAAGGAAGCAAUUUGAAAGCACAAGUGAUCCAAUAAUGAAUAGGAAAGAGAGGAUAGCACGAAGACUGGAGGGGAUUGAAACGGAUGUUCCAGCAGCUCUUACUACAAAUGUGCACCACACAGCCGGUCUCGUGACCAAUCGGCUGCUGGAGGAAGACACCCCUCGCUACACACGAGCCUCAGAUCCCAGCGAUCCGGGCAUUGCUGUGCGUCGCUACAGUCGUGAUGAAACAGAAGCUCCAGAGCGGCAAUCCAGAACUCUGACUCGCCCGGAUCCACAGCCGAAAAUCCAUCCUGACCCAGUCGUCCCUACCCCAGCAGGGUCUGAUGCUACCAACCUCAGCUCCAAGGCCGAACGUAUUGCACGUUACAAAGCCGAACGUAGACGCCAAUUAUCAGAACGUUAUGGAAUCCUCCUCGACCAAGAAGUGGAUGUAGAUUACGCCCCACGCUACACUCGUGCACGAAGAGAGUCUGACCUGUCGGACAAAGGGGCUCCUCCCGACAGGGGACGUGGUGAGAACAGGAUGAGGGGCGGGACUUUGCAAGAGCAUGGUGAGGGGCGGGACCGAAGCAGCAGCAGGUCUAAAGGAAUGGGGCGGGUUUCCAUGUCUUCAGACCCCACCCCCGAUUCUGCCUCUUCUCCAUCAGGCUUUGAUGCCGACCGAGAGAGAGAGAGGGCUAUGAACUUGGAAAAUAAAAGGCGAGCACCUGACCGAAGUCCGAAACCACACCCACAGGAAGCUCCGGUUCGCAUGGAAGCAACCUCCACCCAGCCAACGAAGGGUGUUGCUGUUGUCGCAGUGCCAAGUUCUCCAAGUACAGCUCGCCGAGGAUCAUUACCCUCGACGCGGUAUGGCAUCUCUCCUGGUGACCUGUUCAUCGAGCAACAAGCACAAAACAUCCUCAACAGACAGGGGGAGUCUAAAGGCGACCUGGUUACCAUUGAUACUGAUCCAGUUGGAAGCAGUGACCGGGAAAUAGGGACACGUCGACCCAGGCGUUACAUUUCUCCUGGUGAUGACAGGAAAUCCUCUGAGCGGUUUAGAACCCAGCCUGUCACAUCUGCUGAAAGACUGGAGUCUGAUAGGUCCCGCCUUAGUCCAGAGCUUGCAGAACAUGCAGAGUUGGAUGAAGAAAAAAUGGAUGAACGAGCUAAGUUGAGCGUGGCAGCCAAGAGGUCUCUCUUCAGGGAGAUGGAGAGGACUUUAGAGGGAGGUGUCCCUAAACCUCGGUCACGGAAUGCUGCAGUUGAGCGAAGGCUCAGACGCGUUCAAGAUCGAUCCCGAACACAGCCUGUCACACCAGAGGAAGUGGUCAUUGCUGCUACUUCCCCUGCUCCCCCUUCCCAAGUCAUCACUGUUCAAGCAACUGCUCCCAGAAUCCCCAGCCCUGCCGUAGUCAGCACUUCCAUGACUAGUUUCAGUCUACAGGCAUCCUCAGCACAUGACUCAGUUCAACAUGAGCAGGAGAAAGAGGCUUCUCCAAAGGAGGAGUUUCCAGGAGAAGGGGCGGGGCCUGAGGAUCCUGACCUAUCAACGCUGAGCCUGGCUGAGAAGAUGGCAUUAUUCAAUCGCCUGUCGCAGCCCACUGGCAAAUCAGCAAACGGAGUACGCUCUGACACUCGGCAGCGUAGGGCCAACACUCGUUUUCAGACCCAGCCUAUCACCCAGGGUGAGGUUGAGCAGGAAAUUACAAAAUGUGUUGAUGCAUCCAGUCACACAGAUCAACCCACUGUGACUAAUGAUUCUGUUGGUCCCCCUCAGAAAGAGCAACUGCAGAAUACAAGUGUAAAGUUGGAGCCUCUCUCUGCAUCACUGGUCCGCUCCAUUGCUGCCGUCACUGCCCAGGCCUCUGUUGCCACAGUGACAAGCGCUUCCCCGUCAAUGACUGCAGAUGUUCACAUGGGGAUGUCCACAGCAACCUCUAAUACUCCGCCUUCCAUUCAGAGCUCGCCCAAUCAGCUGGGCUCUGCUCAGCUCCCGGCUUACGAGAGAGGGGUUCGAUACUUCAGUCUUACAGAGAGUGGGGAAAACCCCACCCCUAAUGUUCAGUCCCUGCUCCCCACAGAGCAGAUCACCCAAUCACUAUACAGCAAGAGUGGGGCUCCACAGAUUUCAGCCAAAGGGCAGAGACAUGAGGAGAGUGGGCAAACAGGAAGACACGGUUAUAUAGGGAGAGAGACAGAGCUCCCUCAUGCUCAUAAUGCGACCUCCCUGCAACACACGCAUGCACACAGACACACACCCCCUCAUGGCAAGGGAGAUGCAAAGCUGAGCAGCCCGCCAGAGAGGGAGAGAGAGAGACGGCGAGAGAAAGAAAAAGAGAGAACGCCCAUUUCGCAAGGGGGCUAUUUGUCACCAGACGCACAUCAGACAACAAAAGGAAACAAUACGAGACCCAACCUCUCAGAUGUCCCUGAUCCCACUGUUCUCGCGAGGGUGGUGAGCUCCCCUGCAGUCUCCUCCAGAAGUUCUUUGCACACUUCACACGCACUCCCUUACCUACCGCAAACGCAGUCGUACACCAUUCCACAACCUCAAUCGAAACCAACGCAACACCAUCAAAUCUACACCCAAACCUCCACAACAACACACACACGACCUCAGACACAACCGUACAGUCCGGCUACACCGCCGCAGACCCAGUCAAAACCACAAAAGCACCUCGCAUCCGACCAUCAACUUCACCCCUACAUAGACUCUCAGGCUCCUCCACGCCCAGCUCAGGUGUACACUGAACCUCAGUGGCAGGCACAACCCAGAGAACCUCCACAGACUCAGCCAAAACCACUGUCCUUCCUUCUGCCCCAGUCACAUGCCUACAUUCCCCUGCAACCCAAGAUACCCCCUGCAACCCAGCCAAAACCUCAGUGCAUCAUACCACCCCAAACCCAAGAAGAGAUCUGUGGGAAAUACAGCCUGUCUGGACCUAUUAUCUCCAAAGACCAAAGGCCAGAUAUCCACGAAGACCCAGAGACCAUGUCGUCCAUGUCCAUCAAAGAGAGGUUGGCCAUGUUAAAGAAGAGUGGAGAGGAAGAUUGGAAAAACAGGAUCAACAAGAAACAGGAAGUUAUACAGGAUGUGGUGUCAGCAAGUGAGAAGAAUAGUCAAAUAUGGGAGGAGCAAUGCUUUAAGAAAAAGGAAGAGCAGACCGUGAUCAGUGAGUUCACAUCAUCUGAGCAGCUAUGGGAGCCUGUCUUUUCCUCUACCUACUCUCCUCCACCUAUCCCAUCUUCCCCAAAAUGCCAAUAUGUAGAACGUCAAGGCCAGAAACUUGGAGAAGAUGGGGAGGGCCAAAUGUCAGUUGAAGAGAGGAAACAGAUGAUAUCGACUCGAGAGGAGGCGUGGCAAAGCACUGGAAAGGGUGUGGCCAAUGACUCCUCCCAGUACACAGUGGCUGCCAGGAUGUUGAAAAAAGGUCUGGCAGCUUCCUCUGCAGUGAUCAGCCCGAUUCUGUCUCCAGCCUCUGGUAAACUGAAGAGCAGUGUGCCAGCUAUCUCCAAACCACAGGAAGAAAUUGAGGCCAGAGCAGAAAUGGAAUCUGAUAAGAAGCUGGAAAAGCUGGAGACGUUUUUGGGCCGUUUGAACAGUAAAGUAUCAGGUUUACAGGAGACGACUUUGACGGUGACUGAAAAGGCCGUAAAGGAAGUGAUGCGAUUGGAUGAUGAAAUCUUCUCAAAAUUCUAUCGUCACAUGACAGAUAUUCCCCGCAGCAUGAGCAACAGAAUGCAUCUGGAUGAAGAUUUUGAUGCCAUCUUUGGAAAACAAACACCAACGCUGACGUCAGCGAUGGUGCAGCACAGGCUUGCCGUUCGUCCCUCUCGUAACGUUCAGGCCUCCAAGAACCCCUUAAAGAUUCUCGCAGCAAGAGAAGACAUCCGACACGAAUACACGGAACAGAGACUGAAUGUCGGCCAGCUGGAGAGCAAGAGAAUUAAACAGGAGAAAAUGAGUAAGAGCUCGAGUUUGUCUGAUGCAGCUCUGGCUGCUUUGGCCAGUAAAGAGAACUACAGCAGCGUGAGUCUGCGCAGUGUCAGCAUCUCAGAGCAGAUGACCAAUAACAGCGCAGCUCCCUACAAGAAACUCAUGCUCAUGCAAGUCAAAGGCCGACGGCAUGUCCAGACCAGAUUAGUGGAGCCUAGAGUGUCCUCUCUGAACAGUGGAGACUGCUUUCUACUGGUUACGCCUGAACAUUGUUUCGUUUGGAUUGGGGAAUUUGCAAAUGUCAUAGAAAGAGCCAAGGCAUCAGAGCUGGCUACUUUCAUCCAGUUGAACCAUGACCUUGGUUGUCGAGCAGCACAGGUGGAGACCAUUGAAGAAGGUGUGAACUCACAGAACCCAGCAGCUGCAGAGUUCUGGAAGAUCUUGGGAGGACAAGCAAGCUAUCAAUCGGCUGGGUCUCCAGAAGAAGAUGAGAUGUUUGAAAGUGCAGUUGUGGAGACUAACUGCAUCUUCCGUCUGGUGGAUGAUAAACUGCUUCCUGACAAUGAUUUCUGGGGAAAAGUGCCUCGAAGUUCCUUAUUGGGCUCCAAAGAGGUCAUAGUGUUUGAUUUUGGUAGUGAAGUGUACGUCUGGCAUGGUAAAGAGGUCACGCUGGCACAGAGGAAGGUGGCGUUUCAACUCGCCAAACACCUUUGGAAUGGAACCUUUGAUUAUACCAACUGUGACAUCAACCCUCUGGACCCUGGAGGACACAACACAUUCAUACCAAGGAAAGGUCAGGGACGUCCAGAUUGGGCUAUAUUUGGCAGACUGACUGAACAUAAUGAAACAAGUCUUUUUAAAGAGAAGUUCCUGGACUGGAAAGAUGCAUCCAUGUUGUCACCUAAAAAUGUCAUCGAGCAGCCCUUCCAGCAAAAGGAGUCUCCGAGCACAGAGUCUUGCUCUGAGUAUCGGGCGUACAAUGCCUCUUUGAUGCUGCCAGUCCUGCAGUCACCCAUCAGUACAAUUUUGGAUGGUCAGGACGUUGGUCGAGGGCACGGUCCAGUGGAGAAUUCCUCUGAGGACUGCCUGCGCUCACUGGAGAUCAGCACGGUUGGUGUUGAUGUCUGGCACAUUCUGGAGUUUGACUACAGCCGUCUGCCCAAGCAGAGCAUUGGACAGUUCCACGAGGGAGACACUUACGUAGUGAAAUGGAAGUACAUGGUGAGCGCUGCAGUGGGCAGCAGGCAGAAGCCGGAUCAGGUGCGUAGUGCAGGUCCCGGCAGGGAGAAGUGCUGCUAUUUCUUCUGGCAGGGCAGAAACUCCACAGUCAGUGAGAAAGGAACAUCAGCGCUGAUGACGGUCGAGCUGGAUGAGGAGAGAGGAGCUCAGAUGCAGGUGCUGCAGGGGAAGGAGCCGCCCUGUUUCCUGCAGUGUUUCAACGGGGGGAUGAUAGUGCAUUCUGGGAAGAGAGAGGAAGAGGAGGAGAACAUUCAGAAUGAAUGGCGUAUGUACUGUGUGCGUGGUGAGGUGCCAGUAGAGGGCCAUCUGCUGGAAGUGGCCUGUCACUGCAGCAGUCUGCGAUCACGCACCUCAAUGGUCCUGCUGAACAUCAACAAAGCCCUGAUUUACCUGUGGCACGGCUGCAAGACACAAACACACACACGGCAUGUAGCUAGAACUGCUGCGGACAAGAUCAAAGAACAGCGACCACUGGAGGCAGGACUUCACAGCAGCUGCAAUGUGACUGUUCAUGAAUGUGAGGAAGGUUUUGAGCCAGUGGGAUUCUGGGAAGCAUUAGGCAGAAAGGACCGCAAGGCAUAUGAUUGUAUGCUACAAGACCCCGGCAAGUUCAACUUCAACCCACGCCUGUUCCAGCUCAGUAGUUCUUCAGGUGAGUUUGUGGCACAGGAGUUUUACAACCCCUCCAGAGCUCCAGACCUGGUUUGUUCCCUGCCAUUCCUACAAGAGGACCUGUACUCUGCCCCUCAACCAGCUCUGUUCCUUGUGGAUAACUAUCAUGAAGUUUACCUGUGGCAGGGCUGGUGGCCACAGGAUACAGAGAGUACUGGUUCUGCCCGCAUCCGCUGGGACUCCGACAGAAAGUGUGCCAUGGAAACCGUGCUGCAGUACUGUAGAGCAGAAAAGAACGAGAAGAAGCCUCAAAAGUCCUAUCUUAUCCAUGCUGGACUGGAGCCUCUGACCUUUACAAACAUGUUCCCCAGCUGGGAGCACAGAGAGGAUAUAGCUGAAAUCACCGAGAGGGAGGCAGAGGUGUGUAAUCAGAUCAUUUUAGUGGAGGAUGUUUUGGCUCGACUCAGUCAGAGCAUUUAUCCUCCCGCAACACUACAAACUCGCCCCCUUCCCCACGGUGUCGACCCCUUGCGACUCGAAAUGUACCUGUCAGAGGAAGACUUCGAGAGCGUGUUAGACAUGAAGAGAGAGGAGUUUGACACUCUGCCUGGAUGGAAGCAAGUGAACCUGAAAAAAACCAAAGGACUGUUUUAGAAACCUGACAAAUCUUCAUGACGACAAAAUUAUCUAUUUCCACCAUGGCCACCAGUUCUGCAGUUACCUCGGCAGUUUGACCUCUUUUGGUUAAGCAAAGGUGGUUGUGCACUUAAGAACAGGGUAAACGGUCAGGUCAAAGGUCGUUUUAGGAUCUACAGAUGCACCUGCUGUGGCGUCCGCUUGUGAUGUAUUUAUUAAGUCCGUGGAGGUGAUGUGUGUCUCUGUGGGUUUGUCUCCUUGCCACGUUUAUGUGCAAGUCAGGAUUUUCAACGUACAAUCUGUGAGCAGUACGUGUUUGUAACAUCUAAAACGAUACCUGUCUUUUAACUCACCUGUAAUUACUGAUUAUCUUUUGAAGUAUAAGAAGGAAAUCAAAUAUUUUGCUCACCUCUGCAAUCAGGAUGCCCUGUGGUGAGUGCCUCUAUCUGGGUGUGCGUUGGUCUAAUAUGCGAUGGGGUUUUGUUGUGAUGUGUGUCUAUGUUUGAGAAGUCUGCUGCAUAAUUUGAAAUUGUAUAAAUGUGUAGGAAACAAACUAUAAAAAAUCAUGUGUGAUGCUGUCGUAUGUCUGUUCCUUUUAUGAUUUUAGAGGAGUUUACAUGCUGCGUCUGUGUUUUUUCUGUAUUCUUUCUGUGUGAAUGGCUGAUGGUUGUGGUGGUGAUGCGGUGUGAGGGGCAUUGUGUUUGUUUAUAUUCAGACAGCAUGGAAUAUUGGAGGAGAGAAAGAAAUGACAUUAAUUUAAAUGUACAGUAUAGUGCCUUGCUUUGUGUACAGUUUCUAUACCAAACACACACUAGUCUGCAUUUCAAAGACUUACUUUGUGGUAAAAGAAAUAUUGAAUAAAGAAAGCAUAUCAAAAAUAAUUCAUGUCCAAG